AUGGAAUUUAAUUUUGCUUUGAGCAAUACAGACAUCAGCACACAAAUUUUCUUCAUUCUCCUUAAAGAUUUUAACACGGUGACUGAAGGAAUUCAGCCACAAAUGGUGACUAGAACGAAAAAGAUAUUCGUGGGUGGUUUAUCAGCACCCACGACUCUCGAGGACGUGAAAAGUUAUUUCGAACAAUUUGGAACGAUGAUACAUAAAUUCACACUUUACACAAACGUUAUGUGGGUUAUAUGCUGA